AUGGGCAAGCUCUCCCGCACCGGCACCUCGGCAUCCACCACAUCAACCUCCUCCGCCGCCGAGCUAAGCAGCGUCGUCCCCGCGUCCCUCACCGACCCUGACCUGCCCCUGCCGCGCCUCAUCGUCUUUGACCUCGACUACACGCUGUGGCCCUACUGGGUGGACACGCACGUCACGCCCCCCCUCAAGGCCAACGCUGCGCACACCGCCGCCACCGACCGCUACGGCGAGGACUUUGCCUUUUACCAAGACGUGCCCUUAAUCCUCCAGCUCCUGCCCCGCGUCGCCGGCUCUGCAUCUACCACCACUACCGCCCCAAUCAAGCUUGGCGUAGCGUCUCGCACAUCAGCCGUCGGCGUCGCGCGGGAUUUGCUCAAGAUGCUGCACCUCCCCGCGGUCGAAGGACAGCAAAAGGCGCGGAGAGCCGGGGAUGCGUUUGACGCGGGCACGGAGAUUUAUCCGGGGAGCAAGAUUCGACACUUUGAGACGCUGCAGAAGCGCACGGGCAUUGCGUAUGAGGAUAUGCUGUUUUUUGAUGAUGAGAGCAGAAACAUGGAGACGGAAAAGUUGGGCGUCACGAUGCGGUUAAUCCGGGACGGCUUGACGUGGGCAGAGGUUGAAAAGGGCGUCGAGGAUUGGCGCAAGAGGAGGGGAUACAAGAAAAAUUAG